AUGAACGACUUCAGUACCCCCUCAUCGUCUACUACUCUGAGAAAGCGAGAAUCCAAUGAUAUAGGUCCCGCAUUGACUGCCGAAGAAAGGGUAUUUGGUCCCAGAAACGAUUCACAGCUCUCAGCAUGCAGAAGCACAGAAAGGUCGUCGCUGGGUGUGUUGUUGAGUGCUUUAGCCGUUGUGAUUACCUCAGCCCUCAUGUUUUUGCUCGGAGUCAAUAUCGUGAUUCAGUAUAGGACAAUGGUCACUGAUGACCGCUCUGGACUUGUGCGCAAGGCGACAUAUAUUUUACUGAGCGGCUUCGCUAUAUUCUUGCUGAACAAGUUUAACUUGUGGUUUUAUCGAAAGAUGUUGUCACAUUUUUCGGGCGCUAAAUACCAACGUGUUGCUGAUGAGAAUGGUUUUGAGAUGAUGACUAGGCGAGCGUAA